UUUACUUCCUAUGGUUACUAACCACCGCCUUCACGCAGCCUUCUGGACAUAUCUCGGAACUUUGUGCAAGACGUCAGAAGUAGGCUACUUCGUUUAUCCGUGGUUAAUUCUGAAAGACAAAGAUUCAGAUUCAUUGCAAGCUUUCUGAAAAGCAUAUUUGCAAUCACCAGCCUUAGCUGUAACUAUCAGGCUACCCUUAGCAAGUUGACUACCCCAGCUAAAGUCAACACCUGUGGGCAAAGUUAAUGUUGCUUUCUGGGCAAACGUCAGCUGGUUAACGUUAAAAAUCGGAGCAUUUUUGGUUUAAAACAUAGAGAUAAAUGUUUGAGGCAUCAACGUUAAUUGUGCCGUCUUGCCGUUACCCAUAUGAACAUUAACGGUUCAUAGAUUAUAUUGGGGAAAAUAGCUGACUGAUCUAUAUCUCUUUAAUAAGAAACUGUUAGGCUAUUCAUAUUGCCGUUGUAUCGCAGUGUUUUGUCCGCUUCCGCCAUGAUUAAGUACUUGCCUGAUGAAGUGAAGGCAAAGCUUCGUUCAGGCAUUGCUAUUUGUUCUCUUCAGCAGUGUGUUGAGGAACUUGUUCUCAAUAGUAUUGAUGCCAGCGCAACCUGUGUGGCAGUGAAGGUGGAUGUAGAGGCUUGCAAGUUGCAGGUAGUCGACAAUGGCCUAGGGAUAGACAGAGAAGAUUUUGAUAGAGUAGGGAACAGAUAUAACACUAGCAAAUGCAGCUGUUUGGAGGACUUGGAGAAUCUGAGAUUUUAUGGGUUUAGAGGAGAGGCUAUGGCAAGCAUCAUCUCUCUUUCUGGUUUGGUAGAAAUAUCAUCCAGGACUAAGCUUUCCACAAAGACAUUUGUUAAGGUCUUCAACAGUGGACAGAGUGUGGGUGUAUGUGAGGCAGAGACAGCCAGACCAUCUGCAGGUACAACAGUUACAAUUUGCAACUUCUUUUGCAAUAUGCCUGUAAGGAAGAAAUGUCUUGACCCUGUGCUGGAGAUGGAAAGAAUCAGACAAAGGAUUGAAGCCAUCUCUCUCAUGCACCCGUCUGUCUCCUUCACAAUGAAGAAGGAAUGUACAGGAGCCAUGCUAGUGCAGUUGUCUAAAGUAAAAAGUAUAUAUUAUCGGUUUGCUCAGAUUCAUGGCCUAGGGAGGGCACAAAAACUUCGUGAAGUUACACAUUUGUAUGGACAGUUUGAAAUUACAGGACACAUUGGCUGUGAGGGUCACCAUAACAAUAAUCUACAAUUUCUGUUUCUAAAUAGAAGGCUUAUACUAAAAACAUGUAUACACAAAUUACUGAAGUGUAUCCUCUCCAAAUGUGCAACCUUCAAUAAGCAAUGUAGCAGUCCCAUUGUCUCUCAGGUUGCUUCCAGCCCUAAAGAGCGUGUUGGAGGAGAGCUUCAUGGAGUGUAUGUGAUCAACAUCAACUGCAGUUAUUCAGAGUAUGAUGUGUGUUUGGAGCCAGCUAAAACACUCAUUGAGUUUAAAGACUGGGACAGUCUCCUGUAUUGCAUGGAGGAGGGUGUCAAAACAUUUCUGAAAAGAGAGAGUCUACUUGAGACUAUGCCUGAACCUGAAGCCUCUCAGGGCUGUUUGAUCCCUCCUUUGUUUUGUCAACAGUCAGCUUUUUCUGACAUUGGAAACAGCAAUCAGCUUGUCUGCAGUGACUUCGUCAGGGGGAAGACACUGGCUUCAAAGUCUGUCCUCCGAAGAAUUGCUGUGGAUUUUACAAAAAUGAGCGGAAGUUCUCAGCCGUGUGACAAGGAUUCCACAGAAUGUGAAAUGGAUGCUAAAGUGGCAAUAGCAACCAAACUUGAACUGGCUUUUGAGACAUCAUCUCAAGAAGGAAACACUGUAUUACUGAAUCAUUCAAAUCUGCAAGAUAAGCAAUGUAACGUAUCAAAUUCAGUGUCUGUUAAUUGUGAAGAUGCUAUCAACGAUAGCGUUACACAUUUUGACCAUGAAUACAAAGCACUUAAUGUAAAUUUUCAAAAGUGUAAGGCUAACAAAGUAAAUGGAACAGAAAUGACCAACAGCUCAAGCCAAAUUUGCAGGCAGCCUUUCACUGCCGACAUUGCACCUUUGAUUCUAGAAGUCACACCUAGUCACAAAUUGGCUGUGUCAUAUGUAGCUAGCCCUCUAAGCAAAUUUAGAAGAUUGUCUGGUGAGCUAGAUGAAACAGAACAUCAGCCUCGAGAUGUAUGUAGCAAUCACAUGACCUUUGUCAGUGAGACAGCCUUGGCAGUCAAACAGGACGCACAUGUUGCAAACCUUUUAUUUCCUGAGAGAAAGCAACACAAGACGGACAACUCCCUAACUUUUGUAGGUAGUGUGUCAAAACUACACACAUUUUCAGGUUGUAGAUUAAACAACAGAAGAAAAGUAUCUGUCGCCACCAAGCUUUCUAAUUUGAAACAGGCAAAGAUAGAAAGCUGUGAUUCUACUACGGAGAAUGUUCUUAAUGUCAUCAGAAAUAAAGAUAUCUGUAACUGGAAACAAUUGGCACAUUCUUCAAUACAAAACGUGGACCAUGGAGAGCAAGCUUUGGAUAAUACCCCUCUGCGUCCCAUUCUUCCUUAUUGUGUGGAAGAUUCCCCUUCCACUCCUAGAUAUGAUUAUAAAACCUCAGAAAACCCUGACCUGUCUUAUUCAUUAUUAAGGCCCUAUCAUACUGGUUCCUCCACUAAUACCCAUAACUUUCCAACAACAGCACCAACCCCAACCAUUGUGGAACUGAACCCCAUAGAUUUGUGCAUUCCCUCAACAAUUUCCCCUACUUAUAAGCUCAAGAAUUAUGAGAUCCUCCUUCCAAGAGCUGCCAACUCAAAAGGAUAUCACACAGAUGAAUCACAGCAGAGAAAUGUACAGAUCCCAACAUCAGACAACUGGCGGGCACACUAUGAUUACUUUGCUGGGAAAAUGGUUUACAUCAACAAAGUAACAGGACUAAGCAAAUAUGAUACUCUGUCAGAGGAAGAGACAAAAGUGUCCUGCAUGCCUGAUGUCACCAACGCUGCUGUCCGUGUGCUUCAGAGAAGAGUUGACACUGAAGCAACCGAUGGCCUUUCACGACUGUUCGCCGCAUGGAAGAAUCCAGUCUUCAUACAGCCACUAGAUGUGGCUUUGGAUGUAACCAGUGGAGUGGCAGACCAUCUACCUGUGCCAGUACACAACAUAAUGUUACCAUAUCGUUUUACCAAGGAUAUGAUCACUUCCAUGAAGGUCAUUCAUCAAGUGGACAAAAAAUUCCUAGCUUGUCUUGUCAACACAGGAAACCAGAAAAUGUGUUUCAACAAUAAACCAAAAGUUCAUCUAGCAAAUCUUCUGGUGUUGGUGGACCAGCAUGCAGCUCAUGAGAGAGUUCGGUUAGAGGGUCUUGUGGCAGAGUCAUAUGAGGAUGAUCCUCUGCAGCUAGGCCAAAAGAAGCUAUGUUCCUCUGUUGUGUCACCACCCCUGGAAGUGGACAUCAGGCAGGAAGACCUCAGACUUCUUAAAUCCUGCCAGCCUCUUCUCAGCUCUCUGGGACUGGAUAUGGAAUUUCCUCACAGUGACAAGUCGUGUGUGUUAUUGCGGAAAGUUCCUGCAUGUUUUCUGGAGAGAGAAAACACCAAGUUGCGCCGUGGUAGACUCUCUGUGGUCAAGUCUCUAGUAGAGGAGUAUCUCCGAGAGCAGAUUAAGUCGCUGCGUUUGACAAGAAGACUACAGACCACCCUACCACUAACAGUACAUAAUGUACUAGCAUCUCAGGCCUGUCAUGGAGCAAUCAAAUUUAACCAUAGUCUAAGUCAGGAAGAAUGUCGUAGUCUGGUGAGAUCCCUUGCAGCCUGCCAGCUACCAUUCCAAUGUGCUCAUGGACGGCCUUCCAUUACCCCAGUCGUGGACCUCCAGUACCUGGACAAUGAGCAAAUGGAUACUUCAAAACCCAAUCUACGGAAAUUGAAGAGAAUGUACAAUGCUUGGCUUAUUUAUGGGAAAAAAAGAUCAGGGGAAGAAAAAUAUGUAUAGCUCAUGCUGAAACAUUUAUUUAUGGUAUGAAAUGUAUUAAGCUCUUUAUAUUCAUUUCUAUUCAUGUGUGAAGUAUUCACAAUAUUGGAUGUCUAUUUCUGACUAAACAUUGUUUCUUAAAUA